UAUUAAAAUUAAUCUGAAUAAUUUAUGAAAAUAUUGGGAUACCAUUUUUAAAUGUGGCUAUUACACAGCACAACGGGUAAAUAAUAGAAAGAUAAAAAUGUUAAUUUAAAGUUGACCUUUUUAUACAAAGUUAUAAAUGAUCCCGACUAUCGCAACUUAUUUAAUUUUUUUCUCUGUGUUUAUUAACAACUCCGUUUUUUAUAACUCCUUUUAUGGUUCUUGAUUUUUCUAUAUAAUAAAAGGUAUUUUCAAAAUCAUAGCUAUACUAUACUAUUUGAUGUUCUUUAUUUUACGAAAGUAUGAAAAAUAUGAAACGUAAUUACUACUAAAUUUUUGGUAAUCUCGAAAUAGAAUUUCGAGAAAAAUUGUUUAAUUCAGAUUAUUUAGUGCGAUAUAAAUACCAGUGUCUCAAAUGCACUCUGGAAAAAAUUAUUCGCGACGUAUCAUAUAACCGAACUCAUCCCAACAUCCUGUCACCACAUACUAAAUGUUUAUAAAUUAUGAAAGUCAACGCCACAUUCUCAAUUCAUUACUCGAACUGGUUAAUCAUACGUCAGAACACUUUCGUAUCUCAUCGAAGUAACAUCGUGCUCUAAAGAGUGUAUUCCAGAGUUAUUUUUAACUAAAAAUCUAUUAGAAAUCACAAAAUUAUUGUUUUUUGAGCGUGUGCCUUGACAGUUUUUUAAUUUGUUAUACCAGCUUAUUGAUUGGUUUCUGAAUCCUAGAAGAAUAUUUUAUUAUUUUCGAAGAAUUUAUUCAGAAUUACGUUGCUGAAAAACUUAUGAUAAGAAUGUAUGGUGCAGAUGACCAAAAACUGACUCUACAUGAAUUAAGAUAUAAAACAUUUUGCACAUCUACAGCAAUUGCAAAAAAAGAAUUAUCUUUAUCGUCUUUACCGCCUACCGAUUCGGUAUUAAGAGAGCAUGCUAAAAGAGUAUAUUACCAAAUACAGAUUUGGCUUGGAUUCGAUUUAGAUCCAGUAUUAUGGGGAUGGAAGAGAACGAGUAAUAUGCUACUACCUAUUAUGAAUCCUAAACCAGUUGCACCAAUCGAAUUACUAGAGAUGAUAUUCUGUGGAUGUAAAACAAACUGUAACACAUCCCGAUGUUCGUGCAAAAAGGCUGGAAUAAAAUGUAGUUACAGUUGUAAAAAUUGCAAUGGCCAAAGCUGUGAAAAUGCUUCAAAUUCGCAUAAGGUCAUACUUGAGAGUGAUACAGAAGAGCGUCAAGAUGAUAUAGAAGAUAAUGAAAAUCUGUGGAAUGAUGAAAUAAAUGAUUUACAAGAAGAAGAAGUUGAUGAAUCACAAACUGAAAAUUAAAAAAUUUUGCUGAAAAAUUCUUUCAAUUCUAUUUACUAGAAUAAUAUAACCAUUUUAUUAUAUAUUAAAUUUUUACAAUAAUCAUAUUUAUUUAUAUUUUGACAGUUUUAUCCUUGUAUUAUUGAUGUUGCUUCAUAAUAACAUUAAAAAAUGCUAUCGUAAAUUUUUCAACAAUAAUUUACU